AUGAAGUCUCCAACUUCGGGGAGGUACAUAGAAGAGCUGAAAACACUUCAAGACGAGGCAUCCGGACGUGGCGUUCCUCCUUUCAGCGGAGCUCGUGCGCUCAAGAUCAUCGAGUCUGAGCUCGGCAAGCCGGCCAGCGAGCUCUUCGAGGAGUUCGAUGACAAGCCCAUGGCGGCUGCGUCCCUCGGACAGGCUCUACAGCUCAGCAUGGAGUUAAAGCACAGGAUGAUGACCCGGGCAAGCCUAGGUGGAGUCAGACGGAACGAUGCUCGUGGCCUGCUGCAUCAAUUGUUGACCGUUUACACGCUCGCUGCACUUCCGAUUCCUAGAUGCCGCCAUGCCGUGAUGGGUGAAGCUGGCCGCAAGAGAAAAUGGGGCGGCAAAGGUGCCAAGGGCAAAGCCGGCAAAGGAAAGGGCAAGGGCAAGGGCAAGGGCAAGCGGGGCGCCUUGCAAGAGACCGCGUGGACCAAUGCCUACACGGUCUCUGCUCAUCACGAGCCACACGCCGAGCCAAUGCAGCAAGGCAACGCGAGAAGCGAUCCGGAGGCAGCUUCAGAGUCACUUCGACAAGUGCCUGAAGCCAAAGAGGAUACCCCAGCUGCCAGAUCCGCAGGCGAGUCCCUCGAAGCAGAACUUCAGGCCUUGAGGGGAGACGGCUCUGCGAAGCCUCAGAAGAGACCUCUCCACUUCUACUGCGAGGUCAGUCGUGGUGUCGCGCUCUUGUCCUACCCUGGAGAAGAGGAGGAUUUGAAUGCUCCUUCUCCGUCAGAGCUGGUGCAGCGUGUUUUCGCGCAGCAGCGCGAUGGUGGGCAAGAUGCGCAGGCAGCGCGAUUCGUGUGUCGCAUGGCUCCACUGGACUAUGUAUGCGCACCUCAUUUGAAGAACUUCCAGGCAGCUGCGGCUGCGGUGCUGCCCGGAGCCUUUGCCAAGGCCAGGGAUGGUGCGGGUUGGUACUUUGCUUUCCACAGCCGUGCGAUGGGCACCAUCAAACGCGAUGAAGCGAUGAGUGUGUUAAAGCAAGUCUUGGGCCCCUUGCCGGUGGAGCUCUCCGUGUCCGAUGCAGAGUACAUGGUUGUGAUCGAGGUCAACCCAGUCCUUUGCGGUUUCUCAGUUCUACAAGGUUAUGAAGAUCUCCUCCAUGAGUGCAAUCUGCAGAAAGCUUGCGAAGUCUACGAGAACAAGGCCUGUGACUGCGACUUCGAGAGUGAGGAUGAGCCGGAGGACGAAGACGAAGACGACGAGGAUGACGAAGAGGACGAGAAGGAUGGUACUGGUACCGAAGACAAAGCCGAGGCCCAGGUGCACAGAGCCAGGACGAAGGAUGGCAAAGAGCUUGCCAUCAAGAUCCAGCGAGACAAGUUGAAGGAGAUGUACGAUCUUGAUUUAGCGCAGUUUGACAAGAUUGCUGUCAUGCUGGACAAGUACAAGAUCGGAGUGGAAGGCGCUUCACAGGUGUGGGUCGACAUGUUCGAGGAGGCCAAGGUCAUUCUUUAUCGAGAGAUCGACUACCUGGCAGAGGCGGAAAACACGAGACGGUGGACUGAAAAUUUCGAGAAGGUCAAAUGGGUCACGAGCCCCGAAGUUGUAGACGAGUUCACCACCUCGAAAGUUCUGGCGCUCACAUUCAUCGCCGGUACAAAGAUCUCGGACCUGAAGAAGCUCGAGAGUCAGGGCUUCGACAGGACGCUGCUGGCCAAGAAUCUGGCGCAGGCAUACCUCCUCCAGUUCUGCAAGUUCGGUUUCUUCAACACGGACCCCCAUCCCGGCAACUUGGCCGUGGAUGACAAAUACCCGGGAGGUCGCCUGAUCUUCUAUGAUUUUGGCCAGGCUUGCGAGCUCACUGACAGUCAAGCAGAUGGCAUCCUACAGGUGAUCCAGUCCAUUGUGGACUUUGAGGCCAAAGACUGCGUGAAGGCCAUGGACAGCUUGGGCUGCUUGAAAGAAGGGACCGACUUCAAGGCCGUUGAAGGUGUCGUCCAGAAGAACUUUGAGACGGGCAAGGUGAAGAGCAAGCGAAGCAAGCGAAAGCGUGAGCUUACAGAGGAGGAGCAGCAGAAGAAAGCGCCAAAGCAGUCGGAGGUGAUGAAGUACUUCCAGCUGCCUCCUGCGCUGGCAUUUGUGUCCCGAGCCAUCACUCAGAUGCAGGGCGUCGGUGUGAUGCUGGACGAGGAUUACGAGUUUAUCGACUUCGUGGCCGACAAGGUGCCAGAGCUGCAGGUCGAGCGGGGCGCUGGCAUUAGUUACAUUGCCGGGCAGCUCUUCAAGAACUGGGUGAGAGCAUGA